UCAAACCUCUUUCCCGCCUGCUUUUCUUCUUCUUCUUUUCUUCCUCCAUGGAAGUUGAUCUUCACCUCCUCUCUUUCUUUCUUCUCACUUCCACCAUUUUCUCUCUCCUCCCUUUUUCUUCUUCCUUCCAAAACGACACCGCUUCACUCCUUCAAUUCCGCCAUGAAUCCGACCCAUAUGGUAAUCUUCUCUCUAACUGGUCUUCUUCCGACGCUUGUUCCUCCAACUGGGUCGGCGUUAAUUGUUCUUCAAAUGGCAGAGUUUUCUCUCUCUCUCUUCCUAACUUAAAUCUUCGAGGACCCAUUUUUUCUCUCUCUUCUCUUGACCAACUUCGCCUUCUAGAUCUUUCUAACAACCGUUUAAACGGCUCUAUUUCACCUCUUUCAAAUUGCUCUAAUUUGAAGCUUGUUUAUCUCUCUCAUAACGACUUUUCCGGCGAAAUUCCGCCGGAAAUUGGUCACCUUCAGCGACUUCUCCGGUUAGAUGUUGCCGAUAAUAAUCUCCGAGGUUCAAUUCCACCGGAAUUGGGGAAACUGAGUCGUUUGCUUACUCUUCGUGUUGAAAACAACGCAAUUUCUGGGAAAAUCCCUGAUUUUUCGGAAACCCUAGUUCAGCUUAAGGAGCUUAAUUUGUCGAAUAAUGAACUGUUUGGGAAAGUUCCAAAUGGGUUGUUGAAGAAAUUUGGUGAAGAUAGUUUUUUGGGUAAUGGGAAAUUAUGUGGGUCAUUUUCAUUUCCUACUUGUUCUUUGGAUAUUGAUGAUGGAAAAUCUCCUGCUACUGCCCAAACAGUCCCUUCUAAUCCCAGUACAUUUCCUCCUUUAAUUGGGGGAGAAAAACCCAAAAAGGGUUUAAGUCAUGGAGUUUUAAUUGCACUAAUUGUGACAAAUUGUGUGUUAGUUUUGAUAGUUGCAUCAUUUGUACUUGCAUUUUGUUGUAGGAGAUGUUCUUCAUCUAGGGAUGAUGACAUGGAGGAGAGAGAAAUUGGGAAGAGAAGGAGUAGUUAUGGGAGUGAGAAGAGGGUGUAUGCUAGUAAUGGUGGGAGUGUUGGUGGGGGAGGAGGUUUUGAUAGUGAUGAGACUAAUGGGACUGAUAAGAGUAAGUUGGUGUUCUUUGAUCGAAAGAAGCAAUUCGAGCUUGAAGAUUUGUUGCGUGCAUCGGCGGAGAUGCUUGGGAAAGGGAGUUUAGGGACGGUGUAUAGGGCGGUGUUGGAUGAUGGAGCGACGGUGGCGGUCAAGAGGUUGAAGGAUGCUAACCCUUGUGCUAGGAAGGAGUUUGAGCAGUAUAUGGAUGUGAUGGGGAGGUUGAAACAUCCUAAUAUUGUUAGGCUUAGAGCUUAUUAUUAUGCUAGGGAAGAGAAGCUUCUUGUCUAUGAUUAUCUGUCUAAUGGAAGCUUACAUUCCCUUCUUCAUGGGAACAGGGGGCCAGGAAGAAUCCCAUUAGACUGGACAACAAGAAUCAGCCUACUGCUCGGAGCAGCUCGUGGGCUAGCUCGAAUUCAUGCAGAAUAUAGUUCCACCAAAAUCCCUCAUGGCAAUGUAAAAUCAUCCAAUGUUCUUCUAGACAAGAAUGGAGUUGCUUGCAUAUCCGACUUUGGCCUCUCUCUUCUCUUAAACCCGGCUCAUGCUAUCGCUAGACUAGGCGGGUAUAAGGCACCAGAACAAUCAGAAACCAAACGAUUAUCUCAGCAAGCUGAUGUCUACAGCUUUGGGGUGCUCACACUUGAGGUCCUCACCGCCAAAGCCCCCUCCCAAUUUCCUUCACCAACUCGACCCAAGAAUGUAGAGAGCGAAGAUGAAGAGUCCGUGGAUCUACCCAAAUGGGUUAGGUCUGUGGUUCGUGAUGAGUGGACUGCUGAGGUGUUCGACCCUGAACUUUUGAGGUACAAGAACAUUGAAGAAGAGUUAGUGGCAAUGCUUCAUGUUGCUAUGGCUUGUGUAGUUCCAUUGCCUGAGAAAAGACCAACUAUGAUGGAGGUGGCUAAGAUGAUCGAAGAAAUUCGAGUGGAGCAAUCUCCCCUAUGCGACGACUAUGAUGAAUCAAGGAAUUCUCUGUCUCCUUCGCUCCCCACCACUGAGGAAGCUGUGUGUGCUUACUGAUCAGUGAUUAUUAUGGCCAUUGCUUGUGGCUUUAAGCUUUAAGCUGUGUUUAGUUUGUUAUUUGAUUGGUAUUUUGCAUAGUCUUGUUGCAAGUGAUGUCUAUAGUAGGCUCUUUUCAGUUUUCAUGGUUCUAUAAUCUUAAUGUGUUGUGAAUUGUGAUUGUAUUUGUUCCCGGGUUGGCAAUCUAGUGCUUUUGCCUGGUGUUUAGUUCAUUAUUUGAUUUGAUUAUGUUUCUCUAGUUCUUAAAUUAAAGAAAAUGUUUGAUGGUUGCUUAUUGGAAUAA